AGAUGGACACCGCACCGGGGCGAGCUGACACGAGUUCACGGCUGCGAUAGAACAUGGAGAUGUCAUGGGCGCGACAGAGCCUGGCGGGGAUACCAGCAGCGUGUGAUGAGUUCCACCCGUUCAUCGAGGCGCUGCUGCCUCACGUCCGAGCCUUCUCCUACACCUGGUUCAACCUGCAGGCACGGAAGCGCAAGUACUUCAAGAAGCACGAGAAGCGGAUGUCAAAGGACGAGGAACGGGCGGUGAAGGAUGAGCUGCUGGGCGAGAAGCCUGAGAUUAAGCAGAAGUGGGCAUCCCGGCUGCUGGCCAAGCUGCGCAAAGACAUCCGGCCCGAAUUCCGCGAGGACUUUGUGCUGACCAUCACAGGCAAGAAGCCCCCGUGCUGCGUGCUCUCGAACCCCGACCAGAAGGGCAAGAUCCGGCGGAUUGACUGCCUGCGCCAGGCCGACAAGGUGUGGCGGCUGGACCUGGUCAUGGUGAUUUUGUUUAAGGGGAUCCCCCUGGAAAGUACUGAUGGAGAGCGGCUCUACAAGUCGCCCCAGUGCUCAAAUCCCGGCCUAUGCGUCCAGCCACAUCACAUUGGAGUCACAAUCAAAGAACUGGAUCUUUAUCUGGCUUACUUUGUCCACACUCCGGAAUCCGGACAAUCAGAUAGUUCAAACCAGCAAGGAGAUGCGGACAUCAAACCACUGCCCAACGGGCACUUAAGUUUCCAGGACUGUUUUGUGACUUCCGGGGUCUGGAAUGUGACGGAGCUGGUGAGAGUAUCACAGACUCCUGUUGCGACAGCAUCAGGGCCCAACUUCUCGCUGGCGGACCUGGAGAGUCCCAGCUACUACAACAUAAACCAGGUGACCCUGGGGCGGCGGUCCAUCACCUCCCCUCCUUCCACCAGCACCACCAAGCGCCCCAAGUCCAUCGAUGACAGUGAGAUGGAGAGCCCUGUUGAUGACGUGUUUUAUCCUGGGACAGGCCGCUCCCCAGCAGCUGGCAGUAGCCAGUCUAGCGGGUGGCCCAACGAUGUGGAUGCAGGCCCGGCUUCUCUAAAGAAGUCAGGAAAGCUGGACUUCUGCAGUGCCCUCUCCUCUCAGGGCAGCUCCCCGCGCAUGGCUUUCACCCACCACCCGCUGCCUGUGCUUGCUGGAGUCAGACCAGGGAGCCCCCGGGCCACAGCAUCAGCUCUGCACUUCCCCUCCACAUCCAUCAUCCAGCAAUCGAGCCCGUACUUCACGCAUCCAACCAUCCGCUACCACCACCACCAUGGGCAGGACUCACUGAAGGAGUUUGUGCAGUUCGUGUGCUCGGAUGGCUCGGGCCAGGCCACCGGACAGCCCAACGGUAGCGGCCAGGGCAAAGUCCCGGGGUCAUUUUUGCUACCGCCGCCGCCUCCAGUGGCCAGACCUGUGCCCCUUCCUAUGCCUGAUUCCAAAUCCACCAGCACUGCCCCAGACGGCGCCGCCUUGACUCCUCCAUCACCUUCAUUCGCAACGACAGGCGCCUCCUCUGCCAACCGGUUUGUCAGCAUCGGACCCCGGGACGGCAACUUUUUGAACAUCCCACAGCAGUCUCAGUCCUGGUUCCUCUGAUAAGAUCGACAAAAGAAACAACACAAUGAAAAGAAGAGGUUCCUCAAAAGGGGGGAGAAGAAAUUUUGAGACAUGGAAAAAUCCCCCAGCCCAGCCCCACCGAAAAGCAAAAAUUAUACGUCGUCAGCCACUCAGCCCUUCUCUCCUCCCUCCCGGGGACCCCUGUGGGCCCCAGAAAUUGCCCAGUUCUCGGAGAGCCCUUGGAAGGGGUCUCGGUGGAGCUGUGUGCCAGCAGCCAAGCAGAAAGAAACAUGCAAAGCGGACUCUGUCAAGUAGAAGACAGAAAGAAAGGAUGAGACAGAACUGCCUUCCUGCCCACCCACCCAGCCCCAGCCUUCUGGGGAAGGAACAAAAUCCCCAAACAAAGCAACCAGCAUAGUUCUGAAGGGGCCUGGCCCCCAUCCUCGCCCUUCCUAGGGGAACCCCACCCUCCACUGGGCUUGGAGCUUCCAUAGGGAGCUCGGAGGACCAGCUUGUAAAGAUGAUGGGGGCAGAUCCUUCGGGCUUUCCCCUAUGGGCUCUGCCCCUCCCUCAUGGCCUUGGCUCCAACUUCUUCCCCAGCUGCUCUGGACCAGCAAGGGAGGGCUUCCCCCACCCCACCCUUGGGCUGAAAGCCCCCAGGUGGGCAGGGGGUGACCCCUGGAGCUAGUUGCAUGAGCCCAGAGACGAAGGUGUUCUGCCACCCCACCCUGAGCCGCAGGGGCAGUUCCUGGACCGACCCCUCUGUACAGUCCAUAGGAAAAAGUCGGAAUGCUGAGCUCACCCCCAGCUCAGACAGGCCCCCUUUUCCCUCUCUCCGCAGGCCAGGAGGGCCACUCCUGCCACGCAACAAAUGAGGGGAGUUGGGCCCCAGGUCACCCCCGCACCCCAUCCCUGCAUGCAGGUGCCCUCGCUCUGCCCCAUUGGUCCCUGUCCCUGCCCCUCAUGCAAUCAGCCCUGCUGGGGCCAGGCCGGAGAGUGGAGCAGAGAGGGGAUUCCGGAGCCGAGCGAGGAGACGAGGCAGCCGUUGCUACUGUCGGCUAAGCCACCACCUGCACUUAGUGUCCUAGCGGAAUGCAAGUAGGCAGCCAGCCCGUCUGUCCCUCUCCGCCCCGCCCCGCCCCGCCCCCGUCACUGCGCUUCUGUUAUACCAUCUUUGCCUGACUCUCCGGCUUCUUCAUUGAAUGGCUAAUGUGUAUGUGAAAUAAAUAAAGAAAAACAAAAGCAAGA